ACCGCUGGGUAAAAUCCGAUCCGACCAGUCUCCGCCCGUCUUGUUACAAGCUCGGCGGCGACGCCAAACCGCCUUCUUCAUCUGCUCUCCUCGCUCCGCCGGCCGUCAGCCGCCUUCCACUGCACUAUUUCGGGAAUUUUUCUGCUUCCCUCUGUCCUGCAAGAUUAUACUUGUGACCUUCUGGUUCCUCUCUGUUUCUCUUCCUCCUCCCUUCUACUUCUUGGUCCCCGAAGCAGCUUAGGGUUCGAGCUAUUCCAGCUAAUGGAUCCGGAGAUGCUUCGGUUGUUCUUGAGAAAACCAACACCAUCCACCGGUGACAACGAUGGUGGUGGUGCUUCUGGAAAUAGAGGCGUCGUGGAGGAAACACUCUCUCUUCUCCGAAAUCUUGAAUCGAUUCUAAGGUCACUGAUCUCUACUUGUGGCGGGUGUGAGACCCGCCUAUGGCUCUGCAACACCAUCUCUUCCUUCCACUCCAUCGACCGGCAAGACCAUCUCUCUCUGUUCAUUGACCUCUUGAGGUUCGAGCGGUGCAAGCUGGACGUGGCUUCUCGGAUUCUGCAGAUGAUCUUUGAGAAGCGGCCACGGGUCGUAGGGCAUAUCCUCGCAAAGAAAUGCUACCUGUUGGAGAAGUUCUUCCAAGGAAAUGGCAGGCGCAUAUUACUAUGGUUUGAUCACUUCGCUGGCGUGGGUGAAUCAGGUCAUAGAAAAGGAGCUAGGGCAUUAUCUCUAUACGCUUUCGCAAAUAGGGAUGUUUGCUGGGAGGAGCUUGAGUGGAAGGGAAAGCAUGGACAAUCACCUGCAGUUGUUGCCACUAAGCCCCAUUACUUCCAGGAUCUGGACAUUCUGCAAACUAUACAGAAUUUUCUUGACUACGUUCCUGAUUUUUGGUCCUCUGAUGAACUUGCAGAGUCAGUUAAAGAUGGUGAGAUUCUGAAAAUCGAUACAGCAUAUUUUAUUGAUCGAUUUUCUGAAAUGAUGUAUGUAGAAGAACUAGAAGAGAUAUGGGAAAUCAUAGAAGAAUUUAUAUUAAAGGAGGAAUUUUCUUCACUUUCCCAGAACCUUCUAAUUCUGUUGGAUCAAGAAAGUCUCCUCUUUUUCUUGAAGAUCAUCGGAGAGCGUAUUAGUUUAAAUGCCCAGUUCCAAGAUUAUGCAAAACCCUCUUGUUGGCUCGAGAUCCUUUUGUCAGCUUGCAGUGACCAGAUAUGCAGUGACCAGAUAUCUCUCAAUGAAUUUGUACUAUUAAAUGCCGUUAUUGCUAACAGCAGACAACUUCUACGCCUAGUAUCUGAUGAAGAACACGAAGAAGAAAAAGGGAAGAUAGCUGAGCUUUUGAAAACCAAAGUAAGCCUUAGUGAUGCAGAGCACUGGGCUUUCAUUAUAGAAUGCAAAAACAUGAAGCUGCAGGAAGCUACAAAAUUUGCUGGGCUUCUGUCUUGGGUUCUUUACUAUUGCUUAUCAGAGGAGUGCAUGGUGGCACAUUCAUGGGAAACUUUAUUCAAUGCUAAUGGGAUAACCUUCCGUAAGGCUGAUGACUACUCUUUUGUACAUGCUGAUGGGUCUGAAGAAGGGUGUGAUUCAGAUAGUGACGUUGAAAGUGGGUCUAGCAUUGGUAAAAGAAAGAAGAAGACGGACAAGAAGAAGAGGAAAAAACAUCAUUUUGGUGAUGACAAUUUAGAUGAGACAAUUGGCAUGGGAACAACAGAGCAAACUAAAAAUUCAGGAAGCAGAUGGUUUCUUUCAACAGAUGGCUCUUCCUGUGCAUGGAACACUGCUGAUUUACCUGAGCAUCUCGGUAGACAUUGCUUUAAAACCUGGAUGAAGUGGAUCUACUCAAAGGAUUAAUCUUCCUAAGUGUGCAAUUCUCAGACAGCAUGAGUUCAAAGCGCCAAAGGUAUCCAUGGUUAAUUUUGCAGUACAAUUUGCCAAGGUGAAUCAAAGGUAUCCAUGGUUAAUUUUGUUUUCUUUUCAACUGAAUGAUCGUGCUGAUCUCACUUGGCAUUUACAGUUUCUGUUUUCUGGCUAAUGUGGCUCUUUCGAAGUGUGCCAGUAGUUGAUGACAGCUCCAUCCUCAAGGCGACGUUAAGUUUUCCAUGUAACUUGACCUUUCUUAUGCUAAUCGCGACUUAACUUUGAUACAUCUGUAGAUGCAAUGCCGCAACGUUAUCAAAUGACAAUUUUUUGAAGGGAUGCACUUUAAGUUUCUUAA